AUGACGUUUUCGUUUUCGUUUUAGUAAGCAGUGACGAAUAAGUGUUUAUUUGCCAUUUAAAAUCCAAAAUAUGGCUGCUGAAAUAAAACCUGCGCCUAGGACACCAAAUGACAGAUUUUCUACCACCAAAAAACCGGCUCUUCUUAGCAAGUUGGAAGGUUGUACCGACGACGUCAACGCAGCAGUUGUGAUUCCUGGCGAAGACGGAGUUAUUAGUGUUUGCGAUGAUAAGACAGUUCGAGUAUGGUUGAAGAGGGAUUCGGGACAGUAUUGGCCAAGUAUUUGUCAGUACAUGCCCUCAGGUUGUACAUCAAUGUUUUACACACCCGAAACACGCCAGUUAUUUAUUGGUCAAGAAAAUGGUACUAUUUCUGAAUUUACACUGGCUACUGAUUGCAACAGAAUAAAUCCCACACGAGAAUACCUAGCACAUACUGCACGCGUUACAGCUGUGGUAUUUUCUCUGAGCUGUGAGUGGGUUCUCUCGGUGAGUCGAGAUAAACUAUUUUCCUACCACUGCAGUGAGACUGGUCGCAGAAUUGGUGGUUACUCGUUUGAGGCGUGGUGCACCGCUUUGCAAUUUGAUUCACAAUCAAAAUAUGCAUUUAUCGGAGAUUACAGUGGGCAGAUAACAAUGUUAAAAUUAGAUAACAAUGGUGCAACCCUAGUCACGACAUUGAAAGGUCACACUGGUUCUGUGCGAGUUUUGAACUGGGCUCCUAUACCGCAAUUACUGUUUAGUGGUUCCUUUGAUCAAACAAUCAUUGUUUGGGAUAUCGGUGGCCAGAAAGGGACGGCUUAUGAACUUCAAGGUCAUAGCAACAAGGUGACGGGGCUGUGGUACGUGGGCGGCUGCACGCGGCUCGUGUCGUGCGGCGAGGACGGCGCGCUGGGCGUGUGGGAGAUGGGCGUGGCGCGGCGCGAGACGCCGGCGUGGCGCGAAGCCGACCUGUGCCAGCUGUGUCGCGCGCCCUUCAUCUGGAACGUGCGCGCCAUGAUGGAGAAGAAGCAGCUCGGUCUCCGCCAGCACCACUGCCGCUGGUGCGGCGCGGCGGUGUGUGGCGCGUGCUCCCCGCACCGCCUGCCGCUGCCCGUCAUGGGCUUCGAGUUCCCGCAGCGCGUCUGCGCCGCCUGCUACGACACGCUGCGUCACGAGCCACGCGAGUCGCUGGCGUCCUUCCACGACAUGAAGCACGCCGUGGCGUCGCUGUUCGUGGACGAGGCCACGGGCCGCAUGUGCACGGCAGGGAAGGACCGCGUCAUCAAGGUAUGGGAUAUCAGUGUGUUGCUUGCGCCUGCGCCCAAACCGGGUACCAGCGAUCAGUAAUCGUAUACGAACUUCGUGCGACGUUCAGAGAGUUCGAGAUUCGUUCAACUACAUCACGUUGUAGCAUGUGUCUAACGAUAAAAUGAUAAACAAAUGUAGAUUCAAAAUAUAUGAAUCGAAAAAAAAAAAUUGGAGGUAAAUAUCCAAAUUAUUAAUUUAUUUCUAAGUUAAAAAAUGUUUUAUCUGUAUUCAUAUAUAUUGUAAAAACAUUCUUAUUAAUCUAUAAAAUUAUUACUUCAAAAUCAGUAAUUUAAUAAAUAUAUGUAUGACAGAUCUGAAGCAGUCAGGCUUGUUGAAGUUUUAAGAACUAGUAAUUGAUUUUAACUUUUGAAGCGAUUUAAUUGCCUACCUUUUAUUUAUAUUUUCCAUCAAAAGAAAGAGAAAAUAUUAUCCGAGUUUAAAUAAAUCCAAGUAGCAUGUGUAUGGAUACAUGUUUUUUAUUAUUAUGAACGCGACUAUUAUUUUUAAAUAACGAAUUACGUACAUACGUCAUUGAGAUUAUUGUUAUUUUUACAUGAUGGUCUUUGUAUAGUUCACUGCAAAUGGAAUUAUUAAAUUCAAUAUUAUAUGGACUUAAUCGCCUAUUAGAGAAUCAAAGAUCAAAUAAAUCAAAAAAUUCUGAAAAUUAAAAAUUAUUUUGUUAUUUUUAUCGAUAACAAAUAUCUGGUGUUUUUUAAAAUUAGAAUCGUACAAUUUAGAUUCUCCAUUUUCAAAAGAAUAUUUAUUGACAUUUGUUUUGCUUAUCUAGUUAGUCUCAGAUAGAAUAUACUUUAUACAAUACAUAUUAUGUUUUACUAAAAUAUCGAUAUUGUUCAGAUCUGUCGAUAUAUAUAUAUAUUUAUGUGAAAAAAAAUGUCAUAUGCCAAAAUAAAUCGGAUUCGUUGAAUGACAUUACAAAAUUAGUAAACGAGUUUCGCUUGAAGAAUAAUCUACGAACAAUUGAUGUUUGAAUAUAUUUAUUACUAUUUACAUUAGUAGAAUAUAAUGUUAAUGGUCCAACGAAUGUUUUCAGUGAAAUUAAGUUUCUUCAGCUAUUUAAAUGUAAGACUGAAUCUUUCAGAAUAAUAAUUUAUAAAGAGAUCUUGGAUACUAGGCGUGUACGUAACUUAUUAGAUUAGGUUAAACAGAUAAUAAAUUAAACAUUUGAAAAACAUUUCAAUUGCCUUCGACAUUUUGUUUUGAUAUACGAUAAAUAAAUAUCGAUAUGGUUGUUAAAAGUUACAAAUACAGGGUGUUCUUGAGUGUUAAUUUUAAGUAUUAGUCAAUCUUUGAAAGCUUAUUUCAUUAUAUUAUAACUAUGAUUUAUAUGUUUUAAAGUUAAAAACACCCUGUAAAUAAUGAAGUAUUGAUAUAUAAUUAAAUAAAAGACAUUUUAGCAGCCAUUAUAUUAUUAAUAAUUAAUAAUAAUAUAAUCGGUACAGAUAAACAAUUUCAAUAAAAAAAAUCCAAAUGUUAUAAAAAUAUGAAAGUGUUCAUUAAAAUCAAUUUAAUCUGUGCAUCGGGCACGUGUUUAGACCAAAUAAAAUAUGGUCUCUCACUAGAAUUAUUUAUCGAUGUAAGUAUGUAAUAGAUUAUUUUCUAAUAUAUUAUUAAACAAUCCAAAAAAUAUAAUAUUUUUAAAAUUUUAUAAACUCGGAUGCGGAAAGCCAAUGCUUAUAUUUUUUGGGCGAUUAUAAAUUUAUAUUAUUUCAUUUAAAAAUGGUGGACAAUGUUAAAGUAAUGGUAAAUUUUUUAAUAUUUCAUUAUUAUGUAAUAAAAUUUCUGUAACUAAAUUUAAAGUAUUAUAUAUUAUAUAACACCUAAAUUAACGUCAUUACAGCAUAGUUUGCUGUUUUUAAAUGUAUCAAAUGAUGAUUUGAAACAGAUGUCGGAUUUUGUUUUCACUUAUUUUUUAAAUUGUAAUAUACCUGGUGUAUGGUAUUAAUUAUUAUGUUUAAAGUACCAAAAUGCAUUUUAAAUGUGCUUGCAGAUUUUUAAAAAUAGAAUGUCUCAACUUUUUAAAUUAAGUUUUAAGAUUCGAACUCAAGGAAUUAAAGAAAAUCUGCGGGUACAUUUCGAAUGCUGCAUUUCUUCGAGAAAAUUCUCGUAAUUAUCAAAGUAGCAUUUUUUUUAAAACAAUGAUGACUACUAAAUGUAUGCUUAAUGCAAGUCCAAAAUUACUAAUAGUUUUGAAUGAGUACGAAGUUUUUAUUCACUUUUUAUAAAUAAAUUUUAGAUAUCUACGUUCUGUAUUAGAAGUGUGCGAUUGUUCGCGAUUAUAUUUUUCGUCCCGUUAUAUUUUUAAUUUAUCACCUUUUAUGUAAUAGUUCUUUAUUAGAUAUUUAUCAUUCUUUUAAAUUAAAUUAUUUUGGUUCGAUUUACGAAAAUACUUUAGUUUUUUUUUAAUAUAACCGAUUUUUCUUAAUAAACUACAAAUAACAAGCAUAUAACAAGUACUAAACGUGUUGUAUAUUUUUAAUUUAAAAAAAAGGAAUAGCGCGGCGUUCAUGAGUUUGAGUGUAACAUGUUAUUAAAUUAAUAAUUGUAAUAUUCGAAACGUUUACUUACUACGUUUAUAUAUAAUUGUAUAUAAUUUCCGGUGUGGACGCAAUGAUUAAUUAGAUUUUUAUAAAAAAUAUAUUUAUUAAUAAUCGAUUGACAUUUGCGAACCACACGCGGAAGUUUGUCCGUGUGCCCGUUUUUUUUCUAACGAUAAGUUAAGCUGGGUUCACAUUCACAUCCGUCAUAUUUGCGUCAUGCUCUUUAAAAAAAUGUGAUCGUGAAAGUUACUGAGUGUGACGUAAUAUACUAAGUGUGCACUCAGGUUUACUAAGGGCACUAUUUUUAACAAAUAAAACACGUUCGAUUAUAAUAGCGUUUAUUGAAUUCUUAAUAUAAUCAUUGUAUAACAUCGAACGCUUCUUAAUUCGUUGCCAAACAUUUAUUUCGAUAUCUAAAGUGAUUGAUACAAUAUUAGUUGGACUAGUCUUACUCGUAGUUUGAUCUUAUAUACUGAAAUAACAUUAUCGUGCUAUAUUUAUAUAUAUAUAUAUAUAUAUAUAUAUAUAUAUAUAUAUAUAUAUAUUAGCAUUGUACUAUAUCCGUAGUUUCGCUACAUAUUAUGUUUUUUGUUAUGUAAGGUUUGGAUAAAAGAUAUAUUUAAAAAUAAAUUACAUUUAUGUUAUUAAAAGAUAAAUAUUUUUUUAUUCACUGAGCUUAUUUGUGUUUAUAAUUAACACUGUAAGAUAAAAGUCACCGUGUAAUUAUUAGGUAUAUGAUAUAUCUACAUACAUACAUAGAUCGCUUAAAGUUUUUAUGCCAAUAAAAUGAUGAAUAAAUAA